CAUAUCAAGUCUGCAUCAGAAGAAACGGAUUUUCUAGUUUUGAAGGGCCUCAAGGGCCUCUCAGACUCUAUCCUCAGCCAUUUGUCUACGCUGACCAACCUGAAGUGGAUCGACCUGAAAGAGACCUCGGGCUUCAGUGCAGAGGGCGUCAGGAACCUCUACAAACUGCCAAAGCUGGAGAUGCUGGACUUUAGAUGGUCAGGCGUGUCCGACAGUGCCUUGCAAGGCAUUGGGUCCUUGACCAGCCUCAAGAUUCUUCGUCUCUGGGAUACCAAUGUGACCAAUGCUGGUCUGGCGCACUUGACAGGGCUUUCCUCUCUCAAAGAGCUAGACCUCUCCCAAUGCACGGCUGUGACAGAUGCUGGCAUGGUGCAUGUGGGGAA